AUGAGCUUAAUUCUCAGAUUCCGUCAACAAUUAUCAAUUCGGUUAUCUCAAACCUCCAAACUCUCACUCGCUUCUCGAAUCGGCGAUUGCCGGAGCUACGGACAACCGGCGAGAAAACAAGACGACGAUGACGACGAAGAAGAAGAAAUCGAUCCGAGAAAGCUCCCAACCGAUUACGAUCCCGCGACUUUCGAUCCAACAGAGCACCGUAGUCCACCAACGGAGCGAGUCUUCAAGCUCGUCGACGAGAUCUCGUCUCUCACGUUAUCGGAAAUCUCCGAGCUCGGCGCGAUUAUCAUGAAGAAGAAAGGAAUGACGGAGCUACCAACCGUCGCCGUCAUGAAACCCGGAGCUGGGAUCGUCGCCGGCGGAGGGAUCGGUCAGGGACAAACCGGUGGUGCGAGUGAGGAAGCUAAACCGGAGAAGACCGUGUUUGAGAUCAAAUUGGAAUCUUUUGAAGCCGCUGCGAAGAUUAAGAUUAUUAAGGAGGUGAGGAGUUUUACGGAUUUGGGUCUUAAGGAAGCUAAAGAAUUGGUGGAGAAGACUCCUUCGAUUUUGAAAGCUGGAUUGUCGAAAGAAGAAGGUGAGAAGAUUGUUGAGAAGUUGAGGGCACUUGGUGCUAAAGUUGUUUUGGAAUGA